AACUCCAGUGUCACCCAAUGCCAAACUUGAACCUUUGAAGCUAGAAAUUAUUGUAACCCCUACACAGCCUGGACAUUCUACCGACUUGACAGCUGCAUCUCCUUAUCCUUUUUCAAUGUACCCACAGGUGACACUUCCAGAGACAGACCAAAUUCAGACGCAGCAUACAAACCUGCCACAAGCCACAGUUAAGCCUCUGGACCUGGAAGUUACCAUAAACCCACAAUAUACCAAAGAGGUUAAACCUUUUACAAAUGUGCAGAUGACCCGAACUCAGCCUCCAGAGCUGCAAAAGGUUUCCACUCAAUCCCCAGUAAAUAAUGAGAUGACAGUUCCAAUUCCAGGGUCUGAUCAAGUUCGACAUUCAAUAUCACCCAGUGCCACAACUCAGCCUUUAAAUACGGACCAUACCGGAACUUCAGUGCCUGCUACAAACCUGAAGAGAACGACAGGUCGGCAUUCAGAUAAGGUUCAGACUCAGCGCCCAAAUCUACCUAGAGUCACAGGUCAACCUUUGAGCGGGAAACCUACUACAGCUCAAUAUCCUGUAAAUUACACCCCAGAAAACACUGCGUAUGUACAAAAGCAACAGAACACCACCAAAAACUUGUGUCAGAUAUGUAGCUGCAAAGAUCAGACACUUUCAUGUGUUGGUCUCAGCCCAGCGCAGAAGCUCAGCGAAAUUCCCGUACCAGAGGCCGGCACCUACAAUGCCACCUUCAUCACCUUAAAUUUCCAAGGAAACUCUAUUUCUUACAUCGAUGAAAGUGUAUGGAAAGCAUACCGUUGGGCUGAGAAAUUAAUCCUCAGUGAAAACGAGUUGACUGAGUUACAUCAGGACACAUUUGAAGGUCUGACAUCCAUCCGGCAUUUAGAUUUAUCCUGCAAUAAAAUAGAAUUUAUCGAAAGACGUGCAUUUGAGUCACUCCCUUUUGUGCAGUCUAUAGAUCUUCGUUGCAAUUUACUCAUAAAACUGAGCUUUGGGACAUUUCAGGCGUGGCAUGGAAUGCAGUUUCUGCACACCAUAAAUCUCAAUCGUAAUCCUCUGACCAAUGUUGAAGAUCCCUACCUUUUCAAAUUGCCAGCAUUAAAAUAUUUAGACUUAGGAACAACCCAAGUGACGCUCACCACAGUCGAGAACCUCCUCAUGAUGACCCUUCAACUGGAAAGCCUGAUCUUGCCUAGCCGUUUGGCCUGCUGCCUCUGCCAAUUUAAAAACAAUAUCGAGGUGGUGUGCAAGACAGUCAAGCUGCACUGUGACAGCGAAUGUCUGGCAAAUACUACACAUUGUCUUGAAGAAGCAUCUAUUGGAAAUCCAAAGGGAACAUUCAUGAAGAUACUGCAGGCCCGGAAGACCAACACUAGCAAGGAACUGAUUAUUGAGCCAGAAAAUCUGUUAUCAGGAAAAAUUAGCAUGGACCUUCAAGGCUCCAUGAACGAACUGCAAGACUUUACUAAUGAAAGAGACGUUCUUGGCGCACUAAAUCUACAAAAUGUAGAAUCAACAUUAUUACCACUCAUUAAGCUGCUUUUUUCAAAUGUGCAAGAUGGAGACAAGUCCCUCAGCUUUGUGAAAACCCACAUCAGGAAGCCCUUUCCUUACAAAAACAAACGGAAAAGGCUCUAUUUUCUCGAAAAAAUGCAACAAAAAACAAAUCAGGCUAAAAAAGAUAAAAAAACUGCCAAGCUAAUGCAGUCUACCCUGUUAGGUCCCAAAUUUGAGCGUCAAAUUUUCCUAAGGGAAUCCAAAACUGCUCCAUCAGAGGAGAGCAGCCUGGAGGCCAUUCCAGGCGGAGAGCAAAGGAUGCAAAGAGUGAAAACAAUUAUCCAGGGGCCAAAGGGCUUGAGGAAAAGGCGCCGGCAGCAGAGGCAGAAGCAGGGCCUCAGCAGGAAGCAGAGCACACAGGGAUCUGUGGAGAGCCUGGCAGAAGGCAGGCUGCGAGGAGCAGACCCCCGCGCGCUGCAGGAGCUUCCUCCACUGCAGAAGCCCCGGCAGCUGGAGGGAAACGGCUUCCACAGGGAGCCCUUGCUCACAAAGGAGCACAAGCUGAAAGUCUCCCCUCUCCUCAAAAAAUAUAUCAUCAGCAGGUCCUCUACCCGCUCUGACGAAUCUCUCUCUGAGGCCAAAAAGAAAGAAAAAGUCUUAACUGACACCAUUUUUGUUUUAGAAGAUGCCAACGCCAGAACAAAAAACGAGCUUGGAAAACCAAUCUCACAUGCCCGGCGCGUUCAUAAAACUCGCUCACAUCCGGUCCUCAGGACUCCCAAUGCCAAACCGAGCCGCAAGUCCAGGAGAAAAAAUCCCUUCCACAGGCUGAGGUCUGCCAAGAGGCCUCCGUUCCCUGCACUGAGGAGCCUCAUCAACUCCCCUUCACGGGAGGAAUCCUCAUCUCCAGGGGACCUGAGUUCCCAGGGAAAUCCUUUCCCAGAACCUUCUAUAGAAAACACUGGUGAAGAAAACCAUCUUGUAGGAAAUGCUUUCGAAGGCAACGUGUUAGGAGAAAACACUACAGGGCCUGAAGAAACCUUCCGCAGCAACACCAUCCUUGAAAAUCCCUUCGUUGCAGAUCCUGCUGGGACCAUGUUCAAGGUAACGCCAACUAUUGAACAAGACAAUGAAAUAAACUGGGAAUACCCCAACCUGGACACUGGAGCCCCCACCACGCCCAAAGAUCUCACCUACCCUUUGAUGUUAUCCAAGGGGGAGCAGCUUGAAAUUCAGCUAAACCAGCAGCUACAGUCCCUCAUUCCCAACAGCGAUGUGAGAAAGCUCAUCUCUACAGUUAUCCGGACUCUGAAACUUGACUGCGCUGACCCCCGUGUGCGACUGUCCUGCGCCAAGCUCAUCUCCAUGACGGGCAUCCUGAUGAAGCUCCUCAGCGAGCAGCAGGAAGAAAAGGUGGCCAACGAGCAGUGGGACGUGGACCAACUGAGAACGGACACGUACAUCAACGAGAGCGAGGAAGCCCUGGGUCAGCAGGAGCAGAAGCCAGACGAGCUCAAAAAAGAAGUUCCAGCACAUGCGUAUCACAGCAAACUCAUCCUGGCAGUGUCUGUGACGGCAGGUAUUAUGCUACUGGUUAUCAUCUUCUGUCUCAUUGAGAUUUACUCUCAUAGAGUGACAGCAGAGGAAGAUAUAGAAAAAUCUUCGUCGGGCCUUUCGCAACGACCAUCUAGGACACGCUCAAAGAAUGAGGGCUUCUUCCGGUUCAGGUCUUUUGGUGCCAGACGCAAGAAAGCCAAGGACUCAAAGCCCCCAGGGAAGACUGAAAAUAAAGAGCUUUCCAAUACGGAUGCUGGAGAGUUCAGCGAGGUUCCUGCUGAGAAGACGCCCCCUACCGAGUCGGCGGCGGAAGGUGAAGGCGAAGAGGAGAGCGACGACCCGGAGGAGGGAAUCACCAACUUUUUUUUCUAA